GGAGACGCGCAGGAGCUUCAGUCUCGUGGAGAAGCUUCAGUCUCUGUUUCAGCGCAGUGACGCGCGCGCGGCUCACAGAUUUUUGGUGCUGAGACGCGCGGAGCUUUGGGCACAGUUGGUUCAUGUAGUUUUUGACUCUGUCGGAUUUUUCUCUUUUUAAACCAAAAGCAGAGUGUUUGUGUGUGUGUGUGCGUGUGUGGGUGUGUGUGUGUGUGUGUGAGAGAGAGAGAGAGAGAGAGAGUGUGUGUGUGUGUGUGUAGUGUCCGCGCUCUGACCCUCUGCAGUGGACGUGCGUAACGCGAUGCGCUCGCGGGUCUUUGAUUUAUGACGAUAAUCGAUCAUUUUCCCUGAGGAUGCGCGGCGGAUCUGCGCUUUUACGCGCGGGGUUGAAGUGAGGAUAUGCAGCACCAUGCACGUGCACUCUACCCCGCGCCCUGAACUUCUGGGACGCCCCGUUUGACCGGACUCCCCUCGGUUUGGACUAAAAUGGCUCUGAGCGACAACUCUAAAACACAACCCGCCAAAGAUCCUCCAGCGGACGUGAUUGAACUGAACGUGGGGGGACAGGUGUACUACACGCGCCAGGCCACCCUCACCAGCUUCCCCAACUCGCUUUUGGGGAAACUGUUCUCCAAGAAAGGAUCUUCCAACGACUUGUCCAAGGACUUCAGAGGACGCUACUUCAUCGACAGAGACGGGUUUCUGUUUCGUUAUGUCCUGGAUUAUCUGAGAGACAAACUCGUUGUCCUGCCUGAUCAUUUUCCAGAGCGCGGACGCUUAAAAAGGGAAGCGGAGUAUUUCCAGCUGCCAGAUUUGGUGAAACUUUUAUCCUCAGAGGACUCGAAACUGACUCAGGACGACGUGUGUUUGAGUGAUUUUGACGAUGCGUCGCAGGGCAGUGACAGAUUCUUUUCAUCUUACUCUUUAGACAAGAGAUACGGCUACAUCACAGUGGUGCUCAGAGGCGUGUGCGCUGCUGCAGCCAAAGACAGCGAGGCCAAAGUUAAAAAGUUGCCCCGUAUUUUCAUCAGCAGCAGAAUCGGUUUGGCAAAGGAAGUAUUUGGAGACGCACUGAGCGAGAACCGGGAUAUAGACAGACCCCCAGACCGCUACACCUGCAGGUUUCACCUCAAGUUCAAGCAUCUGGAGCGAGCCUUCGACAUGCUGUCGGAGAGUGGCUUUCACAUCGUAGCCUGCAACACAUCCCUGACAGCGCCCCCAGCCGGUCAUUACGCGGAGGACAGAGUCUGGUCCAAUUACGCGCAGUACAUCUUCUACCGUGGACCGUCUAAGUGGUCGUCCUCUCACUGUGACUGCUGCUGCAAAAGCCACAAGAGCGAACAAGAAGGAGAGAGCGGCACCUCCUUCAACGAGCUCUCCACCUCCUGCUCGGAGUCCCAGUCCGAGGCCAGCUCCCCCCAGGGCACCGUGAUCCGAGGACCCGUGUCCCGCCCCCAGUGCAACGCCCAAACUCUGGACCGCUCCAUGGCGAAGGGCCCCUCCCACAUCCAGCAGCAGGCCGAGAUGAGACGCAAGACGGACAUGAUGAGAGUGAGGACGUUCGGCGCCGCUAAGGGCAGGAAAAUCAACAAGGAGAAGAUGACUCCGGAGCAGGAGCUGGAGAAGUGCAUCCAGGACUUCCGGCGCAUUAAGAUUCCUGAUCACUUUCCGGAGAGGAAGUACAUGUGGCAAUCAGAGCUGCUAAGAAAGUACCGGCUCUGAAUGAGAGAGAGAGUGAGAGCGAUCACUUUACCACUGCUGAGAGGUAUCAGGAUACACGGGCUAAAAACAGCAGCGCCCUCAAGACACAAGCUGUAUUAUAUGAAAUGAACACACUUUCCCGCCAGCACUAGAACGUCCCGGAGCACAAGUACGAAUCCGCCCGGGUCUGUGGUUCCAUUGAGCACAGAGUGACAGGCACCAGUUUAAAUCAGGUUUAUCUAAUGUUUGACUUGUUCUGAGUGUUAGCACCGAAACUGUCGCACCAAGCAACAACGCAACCUCAGGGCGCCAUCGCUUCAAGAAGAAUGGAAACAAAAAAAAUGUAGAAAAAAAGUCCACCUGUGACGUAAGAGCAC